AUGGCCGAUUCUCAAAGCGAUCUGACAGGUGGCUGCCAUCCCCUGAUAGAUGGAUACAACACGCCGUAUGGCUAUCUACCUACCUUCGCUCCAGGUGCAGCAUUCUGCGUAUUGUUCGGCCUCUCAGCAGGCAUUCACAUGGUACAGGCAAUAUGGAAACGAACUUGGUGGACAUUGCUCUUGACAGUGGGCUGCAUCACUGAGGUUUUCGGAUGGGCUGCUCGUAUCUGGUCAACUCAAUGCCCCUACAACUUGAAUGCAUUUCUGAUGCAAUUCUCAACUCUCAUCAUCGCUCCCACAUUCUUUAGCGCUGCGAUUUAUAUUUUCCUCGGAUGUUUCGUGCGCAUCGUGGGACGGGCCUCCUCAUAUCUUGGCCCCAAAUCCUAUCUAUGGACAUUUGGUAUCUGCGACAUUAUUUCCAUCGUCAUCCAAGGGGUAGGUGGUGGUAUCGCCUCCGCGGAUUCAAAAAAAAUCGAUGGUAAUCUCGACAAUGGAACUCAUAUUAUGCUAGCGGGGGUAGUCUUCCAGUUGUUCUCCAUGGCAAUCUUCAUGAUAUGCGCAUGCGAUGUCUUCUAUCGGGUUUAUUGCCACGACUUACCCGUGCCUAGCGGAUCAGCCAACCUCUGGCUCGGAGUGUUGGUAUCCACUACAACUUGCAUAUUUAUUCGGUGUAUUUAUCGCACAGUGGAGCUGGGCCAGGGGCCAGGAGGAUAUCUUCUCCUACACGAGAGCUAUCUGAUCUCCUUUGAUGCAGUAAUGAUGGUUCUUCUGGUGGCCAUCUUCGCCAUCUUCCAUCCGGGCUGGCUCGUAUCGAAAAAGGAAUUUAUACCGCUCGGUGAGGUUCAGCUAUUGGAUAGGGAAAGCAGGUCGUGA